AUGAAGUCACUACUAACAACCAUCCCAUGUACAGGAAAGGUUCUAGAAUUUAUUGUGACUUCUCCUAUUGGGGACAUAAAGAUAUCCAGUUGCCAGGCUGGACUACAUGCUGUUCAUCCUUGUGGUAAAGAUGAUAGUACAUUUUCAGCAGAUGUCGGACAUCCUGUAUUACUGAAAACAGGAAAACAAGAUGGAAGUAUUACAGACUGUCGUCCUGCUAAUGAGUGUUAUAUGUGGCUGAAAGACUAUUUCAUGCACAAGGUGGCUAGUACAGAUGUUCCGUCACUGUGCAGUUCUGUUGUAAAGAAAGAUAGUUUCUGUGCAAAAGCUUUACAGCAGCUACCCGAGGCAGCUCCGAUAGGGAAAACCAUUUCUUACAAAGAUCUGGCCAGGUUGUGUGGCAAUGAGCAAGCAAGUCGAGCAGCCGGCCAUGCCAUGGCUACCAACCCAAUGGCUCUGCUGAUCCCGUGCCACAGGGUCAUCACAUCGGCUGGGACACCAGGAAAUUAUGCUCAUGGCAAGAAGAAUAACACAAAGGUCUGGCUGUUGAAGUUUCGAGCAGGAAGCGCAAGUGAAGUGGGUGUAACUUGUACGGAUCACCAGCACCUGUUUCUACAAUACUCCUUCACUGAUUUGUUUUUGUUAAACCUUUUUUUUUUUUUUUUUGACAAACAUAAUUUAGACCACCAAAUUACUGUUUUUCUCAGAUGA